UGUCGUGCACAUAUCUAAUUUUCAGGAUGAUUUUGCUGCCUCAGGCUUUUUUGCCAAUCGAAAUAUUGUUGCAAAGUAUAGUUGAAACAUUUUUCGAUUCGUCGCAUUGUAUGACAAUUAUAUUUUCACAAGAAUCGUGGCAUAUGCCAUCGUCUAAUAGUCAUAUCAUGUACAUUUUUGGUAAUAAUUCUGAGAGUCUCUUUGAUCUUAUGCUUAACGCUUCCGAAGCGGGUUGUUCCGAUUACAUCGUGCAAAUAAAUGAUCCAAAGGAGUUUAUCAUCGCUUUUGAUAAGGUAGUGCAUAUGGGAAAUGUUAGAAGAAGUGAUAGAAAAGUAAUAAUAUUACCUCCAACACGUAUUGGUGAUGAAAACAUAGCUUCAUACGAUUUAUUUGAAAUAUUUUCUAUGCAAGAAACCUCUUUCAUAGCAAAUGUACUGGUAAUUGCGCCUAAAGAAAAAGAAUCUAAUUGCGAAACUUAUGAUUUGAUCACACACAAAUUCGUUGGAGCAGUUAACAACAAGGAUCCAAUGUUAUUAGACAGAUGGAACUCAUGCACAACCACUUUUGAAAAUAGUGUUAAUUUAUUUCCUCAUGACAUGUCCAAUUUACAAGGCAAAAUAGUUAAAGUAGCUGGGUUUACUUACAAACCGUAUGUUCUCCUAGAUCUUGAUACUAAUGUAGUGCCACUCGGACGUGAUGGAAUGGAAAUGAGGAUAGUUGACGAAUUUUGCAGAUGGAUUAAUUGUACCGUAGAAAUGGUGAGAGAUGAUGCACACGAAUGGGGCGAAAUAUAUGACAAUCUUACAGGUGUAGGCGUUAUAGGGAAUGUUUUUGAAGACAAGGCCGAUAUUGGUAUUACUGCGCUUUACUCUUGGUUUGAAGAAUAUGUAGUUAUGGAUUUUUCCGCUCCCAUUAUAAGAACUGCUAUAACGUGUAUAGCCCCUUCGCCAAGCCUUCUGGCUAGCUGGGAAAUGCCCUUCCUGCCUUUUAAUGAGUACAUGUGGGUUGGAAUACUUUUUACCUUUUUAUAUGCAUCGGUGGCUCUUGCAAUUGCUAAUGGAUUUUCAACAGACGAAGUUUUUCUUACAACGUUUGGGAUAAUGAUAACUCAGUCCCGGCCUGAAACCAGUUUCUUAUCCUGGCGUAUACGCAGCGUCGUUGGAUGGAUGAUGAUGACGGGCUUGGUCAUCGAUAACGCCUACGGAGGCGGUCUCGCUUCUACCUUCACCGUGCCGAAAUAUGAGAAAUCAAUCGACACCAUACAGGAUAUCGUCGAUAGGCGGUUGGAAUGGGGCGCUACACAUGAUGCUUGGAUAUUUUCGCUGAUACUCUCACAAGAGCCUUUGAUAAAGCAACUGUUGAGUUUAUUUCGCACGUAUCCGGCAGAGGAAUUAAAGCGCAAGAGUUUUAAAAAGAGCAUGGCCUUUAGCAUUGAAAAGUUACCUGCAGGUUACUUUGCGAUUGGAGAAUAUAUAACAAAAGAAGCCUCUUUGGACUACACAAUAAUGUUGGAUAAAUUUUACUAUGAGCAAUGUGUCGUGAUGAUGCGCAAAAGUUCACCUUACACGGAUAAAUUAAACGUGCACAUUGGCCGCCUUCAUGAAUCUGGGCUGAUGCUCGCAUGGGAGACGCAGGUAGCUUUGCGUUAUUUGGACUAUAAAGUGCAGUUGGAAGUUAAACUAUCACGUUCAAAGAGAGACGUUGAAAAUAUUGAACCGUUGGGCUUUAGACAUGUUAUGGGAAUAUUCUUCAUUUAUGGAUUAGGUGUCACAAUAUCGAUCCUCGUGUUUAUAAUGGAAAUUUUCGCGCACAAGAAGAAUACAAGAACGUCAUCAUGAAUGUGUGUCAUAGUAAGCACAAAAUACUCGUAAAACUAGUAAUUCCUACUCAGCUAAUUAAUAUACUUACUUAAGCGUGCUGUCUAUUAUACCUAGCAGGUUCAACGCGUUAGUUU